AUGGCUUCGAAGACCAAAGGUGGUUCAUGUUGCGCUGUAGCGUCAUGUAUUGACUAUUCGGGAAAAGUAAAAAAUCUUGGAAAAGAUAUAUCGUUUCAUAGAUUUCCAAAGGAUCUAGAGUGUAAAAAAAAAUGGGUAUUGAAAUGUAGAAGAAAGGAUGAUUGGAAUCCCAAUUCAUCUUUCAUAUGUUCUGACCAUUUUACUGCUGAAGAUUAUGUCCGUGAUUUAAAAGCCGAACUCCUAGGAUAUACUCCUAGAGUCCGAUACCUUAAGCCUGAUGCCAUUCCAUCUCUUAAUUUACCAGUAGAUCAUACCCAAACUGAUGAAGUUUCUACGUCAACAUUAAACCGUAGAAAUAGAAUGGAAUUAAGAUUAAAAAACAAGUAA